CCUGGCUCUUCACAGCAUGUGCGUGUAUCGCGUCUUCAGAAGAUCGCGAAGCGUCUCGAGUUUCAUCCGUCUCUUUAAACUUUGAUGGCAGUAAUGGAUGCGCGUUUUGCAAGUUUAAUGCGUUAAAACAAAGAGUUUCCAGGAUUCUCAUGCGGAUUAAAUCUUUGUUUUGAACAGGAGAAGUUUAGACACUGAGUCGAAGUGGAGAUGCAUUGUAAAUUAACUCUUAUUGGAUAACUCCACAUAAGAGGAACGGCAGCAGCUACUGAGGAGCUUUUACCAUGCAGGGAUACACAUGGAGUUCAAAUCAGUGUCCUUCGCAAAGAAACCAAGACCGGCCUCCACCACAAUACCAAGAACGACUUCCACCUCAGUACCAAGAACGACUUCCACCUCAGUACCAAGAACGACUUCCACCUCAGUACCAAGAACGGUCUCCACCACAAUACCAUGAACGGUCUCCACCUCAGUACCAUGAACGGUCUCCACCUCAGUACCAAGAACGGUCUCCACCUCAGUACCACCAAGAACAAUUCCCACCAAAUAACCAUGCUGUCAGAAAUGAUCAACCCAAUGCAUUACAGGUACAUCUCAUCCCGCAACUUCAAACCACAUUAGAGAAAAGAUAUUCCAAUAGACAACAAGAGGCUGCAAAUCAGUGGAACGCUUGCUCAGGCAGUGCGGACUCUUCUACUUUUCAACAAAACUCAAAUGGAUAUAAUUGGUUGAAACGGACAAACCAGAUCCGUCCCCAGCACCCAUUUGCAGCCACCAACACGCAGCAGCAUUACUCAUCUGACAACCCCAGCGCAUAUAGGUAUCAUGCCCAAUUCAUGCAAUGCCAAGAUUCCUCCCCACAGAACUACAGAAACACAGGCCAUAGUCAAGCUCCAAUGUAUUGGUCUCCACAGUCAAACCAUGGCAGCUCUGUGGGUAACAGCAGGGGUUGGACUUCCCACAUUUCCAACAAUGGCAGCUCUUGUUCCAUGAAGAAUCAGCAACAAUUUCAAGCUCCUAGAAUGGCUGCUCAUCAUCACCAUCAUCAACAACAAGAGUUCUCUGGACAAAAUUCAGGCAAAAAACGAAGAUGCCACACACAAUACUCUUCUCAGUCCACCCAAAAAAGUCCUAACAAUCAAGCUCAGAGCAGAACUGAGACCAAUCGUACCUCAUGCAACUCUACGACACCACCUUCUGGAGCACAGAGCAAUGUUUCAUUGCCUUCCAAUAAUUUAAACCAAUGUCCUGUUGACCAGAACCGGCCAGAACUUGGGUCAAAAGCAGGUCCAGAUGUAUCAACCACCCAGCCUCAAAAUAAUCAAAAUGAUGGACAUCAGCCCCACUCUAAAACUCAUUUUAACUUCUCAUCUUAUGCUGACUCGCUGAUAUAUAGAUUACUGUGUUCAGAUGAUAAUGAACUAUCAGAUGAAAGAACUGCACAUCAGAACACUGGUCCAAAACAGUCGGAGGUUUGUGCAACCAAAAGGACUGAAAAUCGCUCAAAGGAACAAAGAGCACAGUGUACAGUUGAACCGCCCAGCAAAAGAAUGAAGUACGCUGUGAUUCAGAGAGACCGUUGGAACAAAGUAACAAUAGUGUCCAAAGACAAAAGUGAUUUUGGGGUGCAAUCUGCUCAAACUGGUACCCAUACAAGUAGCGAUAAAAACAGACGUAAAGGAACGAUCCAACACAACAUAGAGUACAGUACAGACCCAGCAGAUUGUCUUGAAGUGGUGUUUGCAUUACAGAAAGCUGCUCAGCAAAGUCACAAGGCCAUAGCCAUCGUUCCACCCAUUUCCCAGCAGAUCUUAAACGCUGCACCGAUGGCUGAUACCAGCCCCAGAAAAGCUGAAAGUCCACCGUUAAAGAUCGAUUGCGUUUGGUCACUUGUUGAGGAGUAUAAUGAACAAAAAACUGUAAAUGACAAGCUGUCUGAAUCCUCCUCACAAAUGGCUCAACAGGACAACAAAAGCCUUGAAAAUGCGUCUGAAAGCAACAUCGCAGACCCCGAUGCAUGCUCUGCUAACACGGUUGAAUGUCAAAAUGAUGUGCAGCAAAGUGACUGUGAUUCAAGUGAUCCUUCAUAUGACUUGUCCAGUGUGCCAGUGAUUGACCACACACUGGUGAAACUGAUGGACUUAGCAAAGUCUUUAGAGAUGGCCGAGUUAUCGGCCGGAUAUUCUGAGUAUUCUGAGAGCGUUUUAGAAAGGAUCGUGAAACUCUACUGGAAUGGGAAAGCUUCCAAUAUGUUGGAGCCUUUGAAAUCAUUUGAGGAGGUACUGCAUUUAUCCAUAAUAUAUGCAAAGGAUUACGGGUCUGUGGUAUUUAAAAGCAUCGAAACGGAAAACCUGAAGAAGCUAGCUCAUUGCGACAUUCUCAAAAAUGAGAUGUAUUCAUCGUCAGAGGAGUUCAGGUCUUCUUGGUUAAAUGUUGAUGGACAGCCAGCUGAUAUUGAAAAGGUGCUUUCAGAGCCACCGUUGGAUGACACAACUGUGUUCAAUGCAACAUUUUUUUCAGAUAACACUCUUGUCGCUUCAGCCAGUUUAGGUGUGAAUUCCCUUAAAGACAUGCCGGAGGUUUCAUCCGAGGAGAAAAGUGUGAAUCCACACACGAGCAGUCCAACAGAUCUUUUCAUACAAAAGGCAGGAAAUGACAUUGAGGAUGUGACUGCGGAAAACAAUGGGCAUUUAUAUGUAAUGCUCAGAAAAGAAAGUGAGAAAGAGGCAUUCAAGAAGCAAGAGGACAUCAAUCAAAACCAAAAUUUUAAUACAGAACCCUCAGACAUCUCACCUUUAGCUGAAAGGUCUGCAGAGAAACUUGCAGACCUCGGCAGUGCAAAAGAUUGUUUGCAAAUGCAAACACAUGAUAAUGUAUCAGAUUCACCGUCUCUGAGCCCUGGAGACAGUGUUUCAGAUGGUGUAAAAAACUCUGAGGUGUCUUUCUCUACUGAGACUCAUUGUACCUCCAUGGAUACAUGGCAGGUGGAAGAUGUUUCCGUUGAUGAAAAUCCAGGCAAUAAAGAGGCUCUGAAUAACUCCUCAGACACUUGGCUGGUAGAAGAUAUUUCCGAAGAUGAAAAUCCAGUCAGUAAAGAAGCUCUGAAUAACACCUCAGGAGAUGUUUCUGAUGAUGAAAAUCCAGGCAAUAAGGAGGCUCUUAAUAACUCCUCGGAAACCUGGCUGGUAGAAGAUAUUUCUGAUGAGGAGAAUUCUGGAAAUAAGGUGGUUCUUCUUAAUUCCUCAAACAUCUGGCAGACGGGAGACAUCUCUGAUAAUGAGAAUCCAGGCAAUAUGGACACUUCUAGCAACUCCUCAGACAUAUGUGUGGUGGAAGAUGUUUCUGCUGAUGAAAAUUCAAGUGAUGAUUCCUUGUUUAUGGGAAUCACGGUGCUAUCAUCAGAAGAUGCGAAUAUAUUCUUCCAACAGUUCAAAAGGGAACCUGAUUGUAACAUCACACACUGUGGUACAGAAAAUGCUAAAUCAAGUUCCACUAAUGUGACAAAGACAGACAGUGAUGCAGAUCUUUUUGGCCUAGAGUGUUGGGAACAGGCACCACUUUUUGAGCUAGAAGAGGAGCAAUAUGACGCCAAUCUUCUGGGCUCUGCUGCUAAACCCAAAAAAUUGGGUCAAAAUUAUAGUCUGCCAUGUCUUAAAUUGGAAGUCAAUGAGCCAAAUUUUGCUUCAACAAAGGAAUGCAUUGCAUAUGACGGACUGAAAGGUCAAAAAAGCGAUUGUCUGGUAAAAUCAAAACUGGAAGAAAAUUGUAGUCCACCAUCCCUUAAAACAGAAGUCAAGGAGUCAACUGUUGCAUCAAAUGAUGAAUGUAUUGCGUACGAAAGACUGGAAGGACAAAAGAGUGCCUUUUUAGUAAAAUCAGAACAGGGACACAAUUGUAGUCCGCCAUCUGUUGAACUAAAAGACAAGAAGCCAAAUGUUGUUCUUCCGGAGACAUGCAUUGCAGAAGAAGGACUGACCAGACAAAAAAGAGACUUUAUUGUAAAAUCAGAACUGGUAAAAAACGGUAGUCGACCAUCUCUUAAACUAGAAAUCAAGGAGCCAACUGUUGCUUCAACAAAGGAAUGCAUCGCAGGACAGGGACAAAAAAGUGACCGUAUGAUACAAUCAGAACUGAGACAGAAUUGUUGUCCGCCAUCUAUUGAACUGCAAGUCGAGAUGGCAAACGUUUCUUCUCCAGAAGAAUGCACUGCAGAUGAAGGACUGAGAAGCCCAAAGAGAAACAGUAUGACAAAAUCAGAAACGGGAGAAAAUUGUAGUUCACCAUCUCUUGAACUGAAAGUCAAGGAGUCAAAUUUUGUUUUAUCAAAGACAUGCAUUGCAGAUGAAGAACAGGUAGGUCAAAAAAGUGACUAUAUGGGAGAAUCAGAACUGGGACAAAAUCGUAGCCCACAAUGUCUUAAUCUAGAAGUCAAGGAGCCAACUGUUGCUUCAGCAGAGGACUGCAUUGCAGAUAAAGGACUGACAGUACCAAAAAGUGACAGUAUGGUAAAAUCGGUGACUAAGACCGUGUCUGAAAUUCAGGGGUCAGCUGAGAGGGAGCUAACCAAGAUUCAAUCAAAUGAGCAGAAAAAUGAAAAAACAAAGAAAAAUAGAGUACCCAAGUCCCAAUCUCUCAAGCAAUGCAGAAAACCAUUUUCAAGGAAAACUGCAUUUUCCAAGCAUAAGCUAAAAUCUGAUAGCAUUAGUACUGGUUCUGAUGAUUCUGUGCUUUUCACUCCAGAUAUUGUGGUUAAAAUGAAUGGGCCACAAAAGAAAAAACUACCUGGUGUAUCUGCAAACAAACGCCGUAGUGGUGAGAGUCAGAACUGCAGUAAGGUGAAAAAAUUCAAAGAACACGGACAAGAAAGACAAGAUAAUCCUGACAGAACCUCAACGGACCAUAGAGAAAACCUACAGAAAGUGUCUGGUCAAUCAAAUGACACACCAUCCCAGGAGUCAGAAAAAAACCCGGAGCUGCAUGGUAUUCUGUCAGUGAAUAAAAUAAAAAGUACCGAGCCGAAGAAAGUGAGGUUUGACUUAUAUGGGUCCAAAACAGAAAAACAGUACUAUGCCCCAGAACGGCGUUUUUCAGCUCCUGCUACAUUAACAGUCUCUGAUUGCAAAGGCUAUACCGAUAUUCUUUCUGCUAAACAAAAAGUUCUCAACCAGUGGAGUAGCACCUUUAUACCUAAUACAAAGAAGACUUGGUCUCCCAGGUCACCACAGGAGGGCUCACCACAGAAGAAAAAACCACAGAAACCUCAGGACCUGUUAAAGUCAAAUAUGAGUGCAUUAAAAAGCCAUUUGACUCACAGAGCCAAGCUAUUGUCUACUAGUGACAGAGAGCAAAGUCACUUUAGAAAACAAUCUUUUCAUCAAAAGCUUAGGAAAACACUAAGCGGCUAACCUGUCGAAGUUGCGUAAUUAUUGCUUUUAUUAUGUUUACUUAAAUAUGUCUACACCUAAUAGCUGUAGGUGUGAUAUGUGAUCACAGAUUAUAAUUUUUUUCAUUAUUAUUAUUAUUGAGAGCAAAAUAAAGUAAGUUUAUUUUUCUCGGGCAUUAUCGUUUGUAAUAUGCUACACUGUAUGUGACUGAAUCAUGUCUCUGAUUGAAGCCAUUUUGCUAUGUUACUUUGCAAGUAUAUGUUUAUUUUUUUAUUUUUUACCAUUAAGUACUUCUGAAUGUUGUUGCAUUAUUAUUUUUUUAUUAUUUGAAGUACUUCUGAAUGUAGUUGCAUAAUGUGAAAUAUAUAUAUUGUAUUUACAAAUACAUGACGUUGUGUCAUUUCAUACAUUUUGUAAACAACUUGUGUUGUGUUUGUGUUUCAAGCUUCUUUGGUUCUACGGCAGA